GAGAGAGAGAGAGAGAGAGAGGUCCACUGUCGACUGUGGGCUGUGUGUGUGGGUCAGAAACACACGUCGUGCUCAGGCAAAAUCCAUGUGCCCACAUGGAUGAUGGAGAUAUGGGGAAGACGAAGCAGAUGAAGAUGACAAUGAAGCAGCAGCAACAGCAACACUACAGCAGCAGCAGAUGAAAUACACAGACAACGAAUAGCACGAGCGAGAGAGAGAGAGAGAGAGAGAGAGUCAUAAAGCAGCAGCAGUUGGAGUUGAAGAAGAAGAAGACGACGACGACGGCUCGCCCCCCAUCAGUUUAAUCAUCGUCUUCUUCAUCAUCAGCUCUCCCACUGUAAGGUCUCUGUCGGUCGGUGUGUGUCUCUCUCGGGCAACGGUUUUACUGAGAAGCCCAAGCCCGACAACAGAACCAGAGUCUCCCCUGACUGACUGAGCCGUUGCGCUCACUGAGCACACUCGGAGCUUUUGAGAGUGGAACUGAGCUCUGAGACAGAGACAGGGAUGAAGGAGAAGGGAGGUGAGAGUGGAGGAGGCGGAGGUGGGUAUGUGAGGGCUGAUCAGAUAGAUCUGAAGAGCUUGGACGAGCAGCUUCAGCGGCAUUUGAGCCGGGCAUGGACCAUGGAGAAGAACAAGAACCCCUCCUCCCCAGCCGCCGCCACUACCACCGCCAUCGCCUCCUACAAUUAUAGCAGCAGCGCUUACAAGGACGAGUACAGCCGCGAACCCGGCCGGAGGCAGGGCCCUGCUACCCGCCAGGAGUGGGAGAUCGACCCCUCCAAGCUCAUCAUCAAGUCCGUCAUCGCCCGCGGCACCUUUGGCACCGUCCACCGCGGCGUUUACGACGGCCAAGACGUCGCCGUUAAGCUUCUUGACUGGGGGGAAGAGGGCCACCGCACGGAGGCUGAAAUAGCUUCACUUAGAGCAGCUUUCACCCAGGAAGUUGCUGUCUGGCACAAGUUGGACCAUCCUAAUGUAACAAAUUUCAUAGGUGCGACCAUGGGAUCAUCGGAUCUGAACAUACAGACAGAGAAUGGCCACAUCGGCAUGCCCAGUAAUGUCUGCUGCGUUGUUGUUGAAUAUUGUCCUGGCGGGGCUCUUAAGUCGUACCUCAUUAAGAACCGGAGGCGGAAGCUUGCUUUCAAAGUGGUCGUUCAGUUGGCACUUGAUCUUGCUCGAGGAUUGAGCUACCUUCACUCACAGAAGAUCGUCCACAGAGAUGUGAAGACUGAGAACAUGCUUUUGGACAAGACACGCACAGUGAAAAUAGCCGAUUUCGGUGUUGCUCGCAUCGAGGCUUCAAACCCUCAUGAUAUGACCGGUGAGACCGGAACUCUUGGUUACAUGGCUCCAGAGGUUCUCAAUGGAAGCCCUUAUAACAGGAAGUGCGAUGUUUACAGCUUUGGUAUUUGCUUGUGGGAAAUUUACUGCUGCGAUAUGCCUUAUCCUGACCUCAGCUUCUCGGAAGUCACCUCUGCUGUUGUCCGUCAGAAUUUGAGACCAGAGAUCCCUAGAUGUUGCCCAAGCUCUCUUGCAAAUGUAAUGAAGCGGUGCUGGGAUGCAAAUCCCGACAAGCGACCUGAAAUGGAUGAGGUGGUGACAAUGCUGGAGGCGAUUGACACAUCAAAGGGUGGAGGAAUGAUCCCUCUCGAUCAGCAGCAGAGCUGCCUCUGUUUCCGAAGGUGCCGAGGGCCAUGACGCUCGUGCAUGGUAGGGGCCCCGGGAUGGUGUGAGAAUUAUCAGAGAUGUUCGGGGUCAAAGAUUUGUGUAACUAUAUACAAUUAAGAAAGGAAUUCGAAUGGCAGAAGUGGGUGCUGAGAGUAAUUGGAUUGAGGAUGUAAACUCUUCUUGGGAGUUUUGUGUAUUAUUUAUUAGCCUCUUCUCUUUUUUCAAUAUAUUAUGGGGUAUAUCGCAAA